GAAUGAGGAUGCUUGAUAAACCAUAAAUUAAACGCAAAAACGUGCACUUACAAAUAUUUUCGUUUGGCAGAACUUUGACAAGCUAUAAUCUGUUUUCAAAUGACAUUGACAGUUCAUAUAGACAUUAGACUUAGGCCUAAUUGUGACAUCAUGUGUGUAUGACAUCUUUGAAGAAUGCCCUGGCUUCAGCCAAUCGGAAUCGAGUAUUCAACAAUGCUUUGGCAUAAUUCAAGGACGUUCAUAUUCACUUCAGUUGUCUGCCGAUGGUUCACUGACGUUUUUUCAAAGGAGCUAUUAGUAUUUCCUCUAAACAGCCUACAACAAUAAGCUACACAUCAUGUCAGAUGACAGCAAGGUAUGGUUCAUUUAGCCUAUUUUGAGUUUAGAGGAGAAAUUACUAACAAUAUAGUAGGUCACUACCAAAGCAAUAGGUCUCACUGGUUUGAUCCAUGGACUGAAAUCUGACCACUAUUGCCGUUUUGUUUACAAUAGGAGCGAAUAAGUUGUUUCACAAAGUCACAACCUAGGACUGAUAUUGACCUCUCAUUUAUCCACCAGAGCGUGAAAUGGGAGGAUCCCCCGGAUGACCAAAAUAAGGUUGUGGGGAAUAUGAAGGAUGAAACAGAGACACAUGAGACCAACAAGAACAGGACAGGAGGCAAGGCUAAACGUAAGUCCAGUGGCCGUGCCAAGAAGACUUCCGUGGAGGAGGACAGCAGCAUUGGUGCAGAGUCUUCUCAGACACCCGGGUGUGGUUUCCGGGAAAGGGGAUCUAUCAUUGAGCAGCUGGAGAAGGAGGCUCAGAGGACUCUAAUGCCUUCUCUCAAGAUUGAGACAUGCUGUGCCCCAAUCCUCCUCUCCUUCCUGAGGAGUCUAACUGAUGACCAAUGGAGAGUGAUUCAGCAUGGCAUGAAAAAUAACCUCACAUUCGAGCAGCUCUCCAUGCUGUGUCUGAAGAUUGUUAAAGUCGUGACCCAGACAGCCCUCCGCAUUCUCCUACCAGCGCUAGCUCGUAUCAUGGGGGUGAACCUGAGGAGUGGGGCAACCUCCCCAGAAUCCCAGUGCUCUCUGACAGGGUCUGAGGAUUCCUUAGGCAGUCUGGAUGAGAGAGAGAAAAGGCUGCUGAUCAGUGAGAUGAACUACUGGACUAAGGAGAGGAGGAGGAAUGGCAGUGCAGGGUGCCGCCAAAAAUCCACUCGCAGAACCUCAUCACCAUGCUGUUCGCCUAAGAGGUCCCAGACCUCAUUGCAGAGCUUGCCUGCAACUAGAGAGGCUCCCCUCAUGGAGGAGCCUCUGAAGGCUCUUUUUGGGGUAACGGAAGAGAGCCUCCUGAUAUCCCUGGUUGAGGGUCACUCCAACCCCACCUCCUCCAGCUCCUCCGAGUUGAGCUGUGCUAUCGUGGGGGAGGUGGUACACCAGCUUAACUCUGGCCUCUCAGUGGCCAUUCAGGCCAGCUCGGGGAGUUUCCCCCCUAUGGACAGUCAGGACAUAGCAGCAGGCAAGGAGGUCAUUCGGGUAGCCUCGGUGCAGAUCCUGGCUGAGCUACAGAGCCAAACGUCUGAGCCAGAGUGGGUAGGGUUUAUCGAGCCCCUCAUGGACCCUGUGACCGAUGAUGUGCUGGAUGCCAUUGUUCGCACAAUGGACAAAAUGGCACAGGACUUCAACAUCCUAUUGGAUCUGGCCAAGAAGAUGACAAUCUUGGGGUCAAAAUGUCUGACCAAUCUUCAAUGUGACCUUGAUGUUGAGUGUCCAUCUGGGAAAGAAGGGACCACUCACUUUCUCAAAGAGACUGGAUCCUCUACCAGUGUGGUGGCCAGAAAGAUUCAGACCCUCUCUAGCCCCAACUUUCAGUCUAAAGCCCUGAAGGCGGUGAGCACCAUCCUUACAAGGAAAGUCAGCAGCUCUUCUGGCAUGGCUCCUUCCUCUAGGCCUUCUAGUGCUGCUCCUAGCCUUACUGAAGCUUCCCUGAAUACCAGCUGCACAGCCCUGACACCUGUAACCUCCACUGCCACAGUGAUUGUUAAGGCAUUUGUGGGAGGCAUGGAGACGAUAGCAUCAUUUGAAGGCACAUGUGAAGCAGUUGAUUGGCCAGUUCCUGUAAAUGACCACAAAACAGGAUCUUCACAGAUGAUAACCUUAUCUCUAGCCCGCACACUCUACGGCCGUAUACGAGCAAAGCUGAGGGACCUUUUAACUCUAUCCGCUCGAGAAGAAGGUGUGGCUAAGGAUGCUUCUCUUCAGGAGUCUUCAGACACCCUGGAAAAGGCAACUGUUUCAACUGUUGAGGUCCAGUUACCCAGCACCGAAUUUAGUAGAGUUCCCAGUGAGAGCCAACCAAUACCAGCUCUCUGUCUCUCCAAUCUGGAUACCAGUACUCAAGAAGUUCUUAGCAGUGUUUUUUCCAUCUACAAGUCAGAGUUAUCAAAAGUAGAGAGUAAAUCCUUGGCCGUUGUCAGUUCAUCUGAUGAGUCCCUAGAGGCUUGUUGGUUUGUUGAUGGUGUCCUAUCAAAGCUCGAUGACUAUACUAUUUCCCAGUCACCCUCACCCAAUGAAGACUUGAGCGUGAGUACUCAAUAUUCUCAACUGAGCUCAGAAGAGAGUGUCAGAAUCACAGAGUCCUCUACUAGUCUGAUUCAGAGCAUUAAGAAGCUCUCUAGCAAUGACUUCCAGACUCAGGCAGAAGAGGCAGUGAGUAAAGUGCUGAUGAGAUCCAGUCAUUCCUUUAUCACACAGAUCAGCCAUACUGGUCUUCAGAAAAGUCUGCAGGCUGGCUUAUCAUCUAGCUCACCAUCAGAGAUCCAUGUCCUUUCAGAAUCCAUGUCCUCCAUGUCCUCUGAGAAUACAGCAUCUGUAUUAGUGGAAACCUUUGUCAAAGGAAUGGUGACUAUUUUCCAGAAAAAUGAGUCCACUGACACUGUGCUACUGGAAAGAAGUGGGAGAGUUUCACAGUGCUCCCACGGGGGCUCCCAACUGGAUGAUACUGAAUUGAGUGUUAAAAUAUCAGAGGAGAAGCUUUGGUCAACAGCUAAGACCAUCUGCGUCAGUAUGAAGAACACACUUAAGGAUUUCUUCACAGGGCUGAAGCCACCCGGAUCCGAAAGGACAGAAAAUGCUUCUUCCAAAGAGACCCUUGGGGAAAUCCUGGUUGCUAUCCAGAGUGAAAUCUCAAACUUAGGGCGAAUGAAGGAUUCCAGGGAGCUCCUUCAGAUCAAUGAUAUGGUAGGAACUAUACUGAAGGAGGUUGAGAAAAGUGAGGAUGACAGUGAACAAGUCUGCCAAGACAUCCCUAGAACCUGUUCAUCUUUGUCCACUUCUUUAAAUGGUCGUAGUUCCUUGUCCAGCUCUUCAAAGAGUCCUAGGUCAGAGUGUGAGUUAGAGAUCAACCUCCCUGGCACUCCCAUCCCUGACGAAGUGCCUUUUGAUCUGACCUGCCCCAUCGUCAGGAGCUCCUGCAUCGACACCAGGGUCUCUAAAAUGCCAGAGAUUUCUUCAAGUGACCUAAAGACAAAGAUGAUGGCACACACAGAUGAACCCCUGCAUCGUAACAGUCCAAUGACUGACAGCAGUCGACCACCGAGUGCAAAAGCCUCUUUUCGAUCCUCCACUCCGUCUUUCACCAGCAAGGGAACCUCUUUGGUACCAAAGGGAGAUGGGAUUGACAUUGAAGAGAAGGAGGAGUGUAUCCCCAGCAGCUCUGGCCAUCUGAGGGAGCUCUUAAUCACCCCGGACAUCAGCAGUGCCACUGCAUUCCCACUGCAGUACUUGAUGGACUCCAGCAAAGAUGAUGGCAUCUGUUUUGUCACCAUACUGGUGAUAAGGUUGCUAUCGGAGAUCAGACCCUCAGCCCUAGAUGGACCCUCCCAACAGGCAGCAGAUCUGACAGAAACAUCUCAGCAACUCAUCAGACAAGUCCUGUCUGAGUUCUGUGCUGCAUCCAGAUUCUCCAGGACAAAGGCAUAUUCGCAGAACCUGAACAUCCAAAGGGUGUUCAGAGGUGUACAUAAAAACCUCAUGGAGGAGUUUGGCUCUUAUAACACCCUGCAAGCAGCUCUUUCCUCCCAGGACCCUGCAUUUGACAGAGUCCUGGUAAAGUCCUUGACCCAGCAGCUGGUACAGGGAUGCAAGGAGGCGUCAAGACCAGCUUCUGCUGCAACAAACCCAUCAGACCAGGCUGAGACAGAGAGGGGGGCUGAGCAGAAAGCAAGAAGGAGCUUCCUUUGCUUUUCAAUGACCAAACUCAGGAUCAACUUCAAGCGUUCCAAGAGAGGAAACAAAAAGGACUGCCAUUCAGUCCAGGAACAGACUGAGAUUCCCUCUACUGAUGGACAUUGCAUAGCUCCCGUUGGAGAGGUUUCUCCCUCCAUAUCUCAGCCUGUCAAAAAACGAUCCUUGAUUGUCAGGGUCUUUUCAGCAAUGAUGAAGCCAUUCAGGCGCUUCACCAAGAAGAACCUGUAACCUCUUACGCUGCAGUUAGAACUACUUUUGUAACAGCAAGACUUUUGACAAGAGGCAUUUCUGCAUGUCUACCCUUUCAAAGUCUAUUUGAUCAAAUAAAUGCCAAUGAUUUUACAAGAA